AUGGAGUUUUUGGCCUAUUUUCUUUGUUUUUGUGUCGCCUUCUUCAUUUUGAGGCUUAAAUGGAAGACGAGAAGUACAUCGAAGCUACCUCCGGGACCAAAGCCUUUGCCGGUCAUCGAAAAUCUCUUGGAUCUCGGCGACAAGCCUCACAGGUCGCUCACCGCCAUGGCUAAGAUAUAUGGCUCAAUCAUGACUUUGAAACUUGGACAAGUUACGGCGGUGGUGGUUUCUUCUUCGGCCAUGGCUAAAGAGGUCCUACACACUAACGACCCCUCUUUGUGCGACAGAGCCAUUUUAGAUUCUCUGACAGCUCACGAUCAUAACGAAGUCGGACUUCCAUGGAUUCCUGUUUCUCCUCUCUGGAGGAAAUAUCGCAAAAUAUGCAACAAUACUCUGUUCGUUGGAAAAAUUAUGGACGCAAACGAGAAUCUUCGCCGGAGGAAAGUGGAAGAGCUCGUGGAGAUUGUUCGAAAGAGCGCGUCAAAGGGCGAGGCGGUGGAUGUAGGGAUAUUAGCUUUCACGACUACGCUAAAUCUACUCUCGAAUGCAAUUUUCUCGGUUGUUUUAGCAGAUUCGAAAUCUGAAUUAGCGAGACAGUUCAAGAAAUACGUGCACGGAUAUUUGGAAGAGGCCGGAAACCCAAAUUUGAGUGAUUAUUUUCCCGUGUUGAGGAAGCUCGACAUUCAAGGGAUGAGGAAGAGGAUGAAGAUACACAUGGGAAGUCUCUUGAAACUUCUAGACUCAAUGAUAAAACAGAGGAUGAAUUAG